AGUCCAGUAGGAAGUAGCGAGAGGAGGCGGUCGCUGACCCACGCAGCACGUGUGAAUGAAGAGGAGGAAUAAAGCUGCAGGAUGCUUCGACGCGAGGUCCGGCUCAGGAAGGAGUACCUGUACAGGAAGGCCCAGGAGGACCGACUGCGGUCCAUCGAGGAGAAGAAAGACAAGCUCAAAUCUGCAUUAGAUGAGAACCGUCUUAUACCCACUGAAGUUCGCAAAGAGGCGCUGCAGCUCCAGAAGCUGUUGGAGUUUGAUGAUGAGGGCGGAGAAGGUGUCAGCUCUCAUAUUGACGACGAAUACAAGUGGGCCGGCGUGGAAGACCCUAAAAUCAUGGUCACAACUUCCAGAGACCCGAGCUCCAGGCUUAAGAUGUUUGCCAAGGAAGUGAAGCUUAUGUUUCCAGGGGCCCAACGCAUGAACAGAGGAAACCAUGAAGUUAAAUCGUUGGUGCACGCCUGCAAGGCCAACAGCGUCACUGACCUGGUUAUAGUCCACGAGACUAGAGGGCAGCCUGACGGUUUAGUCGUGUGCCACCUUCCUUUUGGACCGACGGCAUACUUCACUCUGUACAAUGUGGUAAUGAGACAUGACGUCCCAGACAUUGGCACCAUGUCCGAGGCCUUCCCCCACCUCAUCUUUCACAACUUCACCUCUCGUCUGGGCAGGCGGGUGUCCAACAUCCUGAAGUACCUGUUUCCUGUACCCAAAGAGGACAGCAGACGUGUUAUAACCUUCGCUAAUCAAGACGACUUCAUCUCCUUCCGACAUCACACUUACAAGAAGACUGACCACAAGAACAUUGAGCUGACAGAAGUUGGACCCAGGUUUGACAUGAAAUUGUACAUGAUCAAGCUGGGCACUCUGGAGAAUGAGAGCACAGCGGAUGUGGAGUGGCGCCACCAUGCGUACACGCGCACGGCCAAAAAGAAGAAGUUCUUAAGUGUGGAGUAGCAACACGUCGCUGUGAUCUCGUGCGGAGGUUUUGUGGCUUGUUCACGUUGCUUUUCACUGAAUUUUCUCAGUGAGAAUAUAGUGGGAGGAAAUCUGAUCUCCGUUUCCAUCAAAGCAAAUUACCCAGACUCGCGUGCCACAUAAUACAUACUGAUUUUCACGGUACAGUGGGUCUUAUUCCCAAUCCAACAGUAUUCCUGACUCAGCUCAGAAUACGCAGUGAGUUAAAGUAGGGAAAACUCGGAUAUGCAGUGCAUUUAGUCGCCGGCACUGAAAGCGUUUUUUGGUGAAUGCUGUAUAUAAAGGGAUGUGUUUACUAUUUAUUCCUGUUCUCUGAUGUUCCUCUGUGUGUUCCUCAUGAAUUUGAUGGCGCAAACUCUGUGACCAGUGCUUGGUGGAAGAAUUGAAUAUUUUAUGCUCCGUUUUUUAACCAAGCUGUUGAAUUUCUCCAGUUACAUUAAAUUCAAAGUUUUGAUCAAA